UUGCAGCUCUAGUGUGUGUAAUUGGUCAUCUCUGAAAAGCAUAUAUUUUGUGGCUUAUAAAAAUGUUUAAAAUAUUAGCCAAGGAGCCUGCGCUGUUACGAAGACAUAUACCUGUUACAUUUGUAUAUCUCAGUAAAUGGGCAGAGAGUAUUAUGUACAUAUAUAUUCAGACAAAAGUUUGCAUCGCAGUGAAGGAAACAUUUCCAACCUUAUAAGCUGUUCAACAAUUUCAAUUAAGUGACACAAUGGAAAACUACAGAGAAGCGGAACCAAUCCCUAUCCCUACUAAUGUGGAUGCUGCUGAAACAACUCGAUUCUCUCAUCAGCGUUCUCGUGACAUCUCGUCCACAGUGAUUACGGCACAGGCGUCUAUCUCAACCAUCGACAUCACCAUCGACAACAGUUUAAAUGCAGUCCAAGAAGUUUUUCAAGAUCCUCAUGUACAAUCCUAUGAUUGCUUUGGUUUCAUUAGCCUCAACUCGGCUAUGCAAAGCAAUGUACCAACGCCGUUCGGAGGGUUCAACAAGUUUUCGCAUUUAAACAUGCCCGGCGGACAGUGGUCGCAAGAAAAUAAGUUUAUGGCACAAAACAUGCAUAACUCCCACUACAGCGCUCUUCGCGACAAUGCCCGAGCGGAAUGGGCAACCUAUGAUCAGAAUGCCACUGUUGGAAGUAAUUGCAGAGACGAUUUCUCCACGCGUCGAAGCUACAGUACCCAAUCGACGUCUCAGUCAUCAGCCACAAAGUCUUCCGCCCCAUCGAAGUCGGUUUCCACAGAGACAUCUGGAGGUGAAAAAUUUAAUAAAAAAGAGCAACUAAAACGGGCAUUUAAGGAAUAUGGAGUUUCCAUUGUGGCGUUCCAUGUGGGAAUUUCGUUAAUUUCACUUGGAGGUUUCUAUGUACUCGUAUCUAGUGGAAUAAACUUGGUUCCCGUUCUGGAAUUUCUUGGCAUAGCGUCACCAGCAAUUGCAGAGAAAGUAGCUACAGGAAGCUCCUUUGUUGUGGCCUACGCCGUACACAAAGUAUUUGCACCUGCUAGAAUUAGUAUUACGUUGGGUGCAAUACCGUUCAUCAUCCGAUAUUUGAGAUCAAAAGGAUUCCAGUUUUCAAAAAUCAAAAAAAAUUAGCUAUUUUUAAAUAUUUGUUUUUAUACCAUUGUUAUCAGAAUUAAGUAUGAUGUUAUAUAAUCCUAUGAAGUUCAAUACUUUAUAAUUUGGUUGACCAAAUAAAAAGGUGACACUCAAAUUAAAAUUGAUUUUAAAUUAGUUUCCAUAAAAUUUAGCAAAUAUUUGGCCAACAUUGUUAUUUUAUCUGAAAGGUUAUAGAACUGCGCAAAUUAGUCGAAUACUUUCUUCAAGAAGAUUUAAAUAAAUUUAAUAUUAACAUUUAA